AUGGAUAAAAAUUCAAGUAAAAACAAAAAUUUAACAAAUUACGAAAUGCAAUUAUUAAAAGCAAAACAGGUGGUAUCUAAACUUGAAAAACUAGAAAUUGAUUUUUAUUCUGAACUAAUAAAAUUAAAUAUUCUUAAAAGAAAUCCAAAUGUAGAUAUUUAUAAAAAAAUUAUAAAUGAAAUAUAA